AAACUACAUUUUGAUUGAUCUUUUGGGUUAAUGUGCGUGUUUUUGCACGCACACGAAACGAACCCGAACCAAAAGCAAACUCCUCAGACUCCUCCCUCCUCCUCCCUUCGGUUUCUCUCAUCCUCUCCCUCCCCCCCGGUCCUCUAUGCUCAGUUCGGUGUGCGUAUCCUCUUUCAAAGGGCGCAAGGGUGGGAACAAGUCGUCCAACAAAGCAUGUUACAGCGCAGACAUGACUUGUCCGUCGGAAAGCGAGAAAAUCGUGAUAAACUGCGGGGGGGUGCGGCAUGAGACCUACCGGAGCACCCUAAAAACGUUGCCCGGUACCCGCUUAUCGUGGCUUACCGAGCCGGACGCAUUCAGCAACUUCGACUACGACCCCAAAUCAGACGAGUUCUUCUUCGACCGCCACCCGUCAGUCUUUUCCUUCAUCCUCAACUAUUACCGCACGGGGAAGUUGCACUGUCCCAACGAUGUGUGCGGUCCCUUGUUCGAGGAGGAGCUGGCCUUCUGGGGCAUCGAUGAGACAGACGUGGAGGCUUGUUGCUGGAUGAAUUACCGGCAGCACCGGGAUGCAGAGGAGGCGCUGGACAGCUUUGAGACCCCCGAGCCGGAAGCGCCGGAUGACGACCCCGCGCUGGGCGGCGCGGAUGGGGACUUGAAAAGACUGUGCAUGCAGGAGGACGCGAGGAAAGCGGGCUGGUGGAAAACCUGGCAGCCCAAAAUUUGGGCACUUUUUGAAGACCCUUAUUCCUCCAAAUAUGCCCGGUAUGUGGCAUUUGGCUCCCUACUCUUCAUCCUCAUUUCCAUCUCCACUUUCUGCAUGGAGACGCAUGAGGCCUUCAACACCAUCACCAACAAGACAGAGAUCGUCGCGGUGGGCAACGGGACCCGUGAGGAGAUUGUAUACGAGGUGGUGACUGACAGCUGGUUGACGUAUGUGGAGGGCAUGUGCGUCAUUUGGUUCACCAUUGAGGUCCUGCUGCGUGUCACCUUUUGCCCGGACAAGGCUGAAUUUUUCAAAAGCACCCUCAACAUCAUCGACUUUGUGGCCAUCCUACCCUUCUAUCUUGAAGUGGGCUUGAGCGGUCUUUCCUCCAAAGCUGCCAAGGAUGUCCUGGGGUUCCUCCGUGUCGUCCGAUUUGUCCGCAUCCUCCGAAUCUUCAAACUGACCCGCCACUUUGUGGGUCUGCGUGUCCUGGGCCACACCCUUCGUGCCAGCACCAAUGAAUUCCUCCUGCUCAUCAUCUUCUUAGCCCUUGGUGUCCUCAUCUUUGCCACUAUGAUCUACUAUGCUGAGAGGAUUGGCGCCGACCCAGAUGACCCUACAGCCAGCGCCCACACCAACUUCAAGAACAUCCCCAUUGGAUUCUGGUGGGCUGUGGUAACUAUGACCACACUGGGCUACGGAGAUAUGUACCCGGAGACAUGGUCGGGGAUGUUGGUGGGUGCGCUGUGUGCCUUGGCUGGUGUGCUGACCAUUGCUAUGCCUGUACCUGUUAUUGUCAACAACUUCGGCAUGUACUACUCUCUGGCUAUGGCCAAACAAAAGCUGCCCAAGAAGAAGAACAAACACAUCCCACGAGCACCUCAACCAGGAUCUCCAAACUACUGCAAGCCGGAUGCCCUGGCAAUGGCUACUGCGUCACCCCAAAGGAUCCUGGGAAAUGUCCUAGGUGGGGUGAUGGGGUCCGGAGGCAUAGGGGGUGACUGUCCCCUCGCCCAAGAAGAAAUCAUAGAGAUAAACAGAGAUUCCAAGCAGAACGGUGAUGCAGCCUCAGCGGCCUUGGCUAACGAGGACUGCCCCACCAUUGACCAGGUGCUGAGCCCAGACGAGAGGAGCCCUGUUGGGCGAGGGGGCGCCGGCGUUACCCGGGAACGCUACCAGCAGGACCGCGCCUGCUUCCUGCUCAACACCAGGGAAUUCCGCGCCACAGAUGGGAAUGUGCGGAAAGGUUGUGUCAUAUCACGCGUUUCAACUGGCUACGAGAAGUCUCGCAGUCUAAACAACAUAUCAGGAAUGGCCGGCUCGUCACUGAGGCUCGCUCCCAUCACUAGCCCCCCCUUUGAAACCUAUGAGGCCCCGGGGCCGCUGCGUCGCUGCCGCUCCCCCAUCCCCUCCAUUUUGUAGCAGAAAGGAUCCUCAAUGUUUGGAUGAUGGAAGAUGCACUGGAUUAGCUAUGGACCGAACGCAUCGCUGCCUCCAUUAGGAUUGUACACAGCGCAAAAAAAGAAAACAAAAAAACAAUAGCAAUAACAUAAAAAUGAUCUUGAAUGUAGAGAGAAUGACCUCUUGUCUUGUGAAUUUAAUGGUUUAUGAUGCAUGCGUCAGGCUAGCUGAUGGGGUCAGGUACAAAAUUUUAGCUUUAAGGAUACCAUGUUAUUUUGAAUUAUGAUAAGAAACGUGACAAAAAAAUAUAUUUGGAUCGGUUAGUCGAUGAAAUAGCGUAUUAUUAAAGCUGAAAAAGAAAAAAAAAAACAUGAUGAAAACAUGUGCACAGUUAGGUUUUAAAAAGCUAGAACUAAGAGUGUAAAUGAAUAUCCGUUUUUGUGCUUUCUGGACCAAACCAACCCGAGCUCACACACUGUCCAGAGGUAUGACCAGAAAACAAAACACUUAAAUUCAUUUAGCCAAAGAAUGAAAAAAAAAAA